AUGAGGGAGAUCGACGCGCGCGUGACGGGCUUUGACUACACCACGUUCCACGCCUACACGACGGAGGUGGAGGUGGACGGCCGCGUGUGGACGCUGGCCAUCCGCUACAACACGUUCUACCAGUUCUACACGCGGCUCACGGCGCUCGAGAAGCACUUCAACGUGGACUUCCCGCCCAAGGGCGGGCUCUUCUUCUCGCCGCCGCCCGAGGAGCGGCAGGAGCAGCUGGACGACUUCCUGCUGAGCACGCUGGCCUACUUCGACAUGCGCGGCCACCCCAAGCGCAUGGAGGCGCUGCUGGGCGAGCUGCUGCAGAUCCCCGAGCACCUGGACCUCAAGGACGACGAGGAGCGCACGGCCAGCGAGGGCAGCUCCGUGGCCGAGGAGCUGCUGCUGGACACGCCCCUGCCCGGCCACGACGACGACGACGACUUCCUGGAGAGUGGCCACGAGAGUGACGAACACGAUCACGCCGAGGAGGACCACUCUGAGAAAACUGAAGUUGUGGAAGAGGACAACCAAGUUGAAGCGGAGGACGUUGAAGUGGAAGUGACCCGGGAGGUCAAAUCCGAGCAGGGGGCUCCUGCGGUUCAGGAGAAUAACGUCGAGCUCGAGCUCGAGGAGAAGCCUGCUGCGGUCGAGGAGGCCAUUGCCUCGCCCAAGUCGCAGUCGGGCAAGGCCCCGCUGGAGCCGACCCAGCACGACCCGGAGCUGACCGGCGGUGCCGUUGCCAAGAACUACAUCGCCAUGCUGCGUCGCCGAACGCUCGUCAACGGAGCCAUUCAGGCCGCGGUGGUGUCGACGAUGAAGGAGAACGUCGAGAAGGCCAAGGCCGCCAAGGAGGAGCAGGCCAAGCCCAAAGAGAUGGAGCAGCUGACGGUAGAGCAGCCCGCCGAUGCCAACGAGGAGGCCGAGGUUGUCGAGGUGGAGGACGCUACCGACAACCAACAGCCUGUCGACGCCAAGGAGGAGGAAAUCCAAGCUGCGGACACGACACUGACAGUGGGGACCCAGGAGAUCGCCGUCCCCGAGAGUGAGGAGAACCUUGCUGCUCCGACCGAGGAAGACAAGCCCGCGGCACCGCUGGAUCCAAUCGCACAGGUUGAGCCCUCCGCUGCCGCCGCUCAGCCUGCUGAGACUAUGGUGGCUGUUUCGGAGGUGUCCGAGGGCGUUACGAUAGUCGCGCAAGAAGUGGCUUUCGUCGAGCCGGUGGUGGCCAGUGCCGACGCACCAGUUACGGAGCCCGAGCAGGACGUCGUCGCACAGGAGGAUUCAUCUGCGGCUUGUACGACCGAAACGACCGAAACGGAGGUGCCAGCGUCAGAGGAGUCCGUCCAAGAUGGCGAGUCUUCAUCGUCGGAGGAGGACGAUGAUGAAGAGGAUACCGCCACUGAACCAACCAAAACGGAAGCCGAGUCUGAAAACCCCGUGGUGAGCUGGUUCCGCCGCAUGGGCACGUUCGGCCCGUCGGCUGCCGAGAAGGAGAAGGAGGAGCAGGAGGCCGCGGCCGCCGCCAAGAAGGAGCAGGAGGAGAAGGAGGCUGCCGCUCGAGCACAAGCCGAAGCGGAGGACAAGGCUAAGGCUGAGGCAGCCGAAGCACAAGCUCGCGCUGAUGCGGAGGCGCGCGCGAAGGCCGACGCAGAGGCGGCCGAGGCUGAGCUGCUGCGCGCCGAACAGGAACUGAACCUGCGCCUGCAGCGAUACCGCCACCCGGUCUUCUUCCAGGGGUUCAACUGCGACAUUGGCACGUCCCGGUACUCCUUGCCGCAGCGCCAGAGCGACGGCAUCAUCGUCAGCAUCAAGGCUGCCCACAAGGCCAGCGCCGACAGCAGCCAAGUCACCCACGCCGCAGAAGAUCGCAAAUACAAGUCCAGCGCUGCUGGCUGCGACGCCAAGCCGAUCUCGAAGCCAUCUCCACCGACUCUUGCGGGGUAUCCGCAGUGCAGCACAUUGUGCUCUGUCGUGCGCGCGCGAAAGCGUUCGCCGAAGCUUUCAGCGCCGAAUCGCGGCCGAGUCAAUGGCGGCCCGAGCUCGCCGCCGUCGCCGCCGUCCAACUCGGGCGCUAAAUGCGCCGUCACUAGCGUGCCGUCACCUGUUGCAUCCAGGCGAUCCAGAACUUGGGGCCAGGAGAGCUUGAAGAUGGCUUGGUACGUGGCAGCCCGCCACGCCACGGGCAUCAUCACGAACGCAGCGAGAAUCGCUUCUACCAAGAUCGAGCUCUUCCGGCGGCGACUGAAGCCGUCGGGCCAUGCCGCCAGGAAGCGCCACCAAAGCCAAGCCAUGCACGGAUAA